AUGAGUUCCCAAAAUAGCAUUGCCAAUGCUUCCAUGAGCUCCAAUACAGUCGGCGCAAGCUCCACCUCGACCUCCGCGGUUCGAUCGCGCCCUCGCCGCCUGGUGUCCUUCAUGGACGACGAAGAUGACACCUCCACUAAUAACGGUCAUUACGCAUACCAUGACUCCCAGCCUUUCACUUCGGGACUGUCCACUACGCUUCUACCGGAGGGAAACACUCGUUCUCGCGGCGCUACCCCCUCGCCGCUUUCAUCCCGUGGAGCAUCGCCUUUGCCCAUGAGACACCCCUCCCGAGUUACCGAGUCAGAAUAUCGCAGUCGCAAUGAGUCUACAUCACUGGGUUGGAACGGAUCGUCUAGGCCGGCACAGGGAGGAUCGGACUUCCUAGACUCCCCAUGGUCUUCGCUCCAAAACCUCGCGUCGUCGGUUCUAGGAAGCAACACAGGACGCAACGCAGCGGAUAAUUCGACAAAAAAACACCCGAGGAGGAAACCGUCGCGAUCCGACGCAUAUACCCGGAGUACCCCCAGAGCAAAUCUUCUGGCGUGGGGGCCAUCCGCGCCCGCUUCCCCAGAUAUUGGAAGUGGUACCAAGGAGGAGCGGCAGGCGCUAGUGCAGGCGAAGAAACGGGAAGCAUUGCUGCUCGCAGACUCUGAUUUGAUAUCAGGCCGCAACUUUCGGCAUAAGAAACGCGACUCGGGGGAUUAUUCUGAUCAGGUAGCCGACCCAGAUCACGAUGAAGACGCGCUGGCGUAUAUUCAUCACGUGCAAGCAUCGGAUAGCAUCACAGGAGUGACGAUCAAAUAUGGUUGUCAAGCUGCUGUCUUUCGAAAGGCGAAUGGUUUCUGGCCUAACGAUAACAUUCAGAGCAGAAACACGGUUCUAUUGCCAGUUGAUGCAUGCACCGUGAAGGGUCGACCCAUCGGAGAGAAGGAACGCGUGGAUCUCUUGGGGUGUGAUUCUGAAGAUGGGACUGGCAGCUGUAUUGCGCCUGCAGCAGAUCAUACCGAUAGGCCGGCAACAGAACGCAGAACUUCCGGUCACUCCGAAUCAGAAACCAACAAGAUCUGGAAACACGAGUCCUGGGUGCAGAUAGAGGGAUUUCCAACGGCCAUUGAGAUCGGACGUGUUCCGCGAAGAGCUUUGGGAUUCUUCCCACGAACGCGCCGGAAAUCUAUCUCAUACACUGAUGCGGAGCCUCUUUCGGUGAUCUCAUCACAAGCCCCAACGCGUUCCCCAUCUCCGUCUGUAUCGGCCCAGCUUAAUUCCUCCCAAACCACACUCCCAGGCACCCGCCCUCUUGAUGGUGACCCGCCCAAGCCCAGUGGCUCGCGUCCGACUCGUCCUAAGCAUCGUCGUCAGCGCAGCAGUAUCCAUCUUUCUGGAACCGGCGUUGGUACUCUUGACCGUACAUCGGCCGCACCCGGGCCUGCUUUAGAUGGACUAAGCAAAUUUUUUUCGCAACACAUACCCCAGCUAGCGCCCCCACCACCACUAUCAGACCCCCGCCGACCAUCUUUCGGCUCUGAGGGCACCAUGUCUAACGCCUCAACAGGCCUAGAAAACAUAGGUGGAGCGCUCGAAGGAUGGGUUCGGAAGGUGGCAACGCGUGCCAAAGCCGGCUUCAAUGACAUGCAAGGUUCCCCAACCCUAUCAGCAUCUGGCCGAGGUCGGAGUCCAGGUGUGUGGGGCAUGAACGAUCUAAUCGAGUUGGAUGAUGCCUCAGAAGGUCGACGGUCUCCCAGCGUCUUAGGGAUGGCGAGAAGACCAGAACCAGUCACAUCUUCCUCAUCCUCAUCUUUCCGCCCCACAGCCUCCACCUCCGUUACGAGCAGGCCUCGUGCGACUGGCUCGGGCCCCAGUGCAUAUGGUGUGAGAACCAAGGAUGAUUGA